CUCGGUACCCCCGGGCGAUCGCCUCCGCUCAACUAGGGUUUUCCUCUUCGGUUGCCGCCGGCCUCCGCAUCUCCUCCGCGGAUCACAUCCAUCAAGGUCACAGUACUUGGAAUUCCGAUACCAUAUGGUUCCAGGAUUUGGUGUAUGUAAUCACGAAUUGGCCUCAAGAUCCGCUGAAAGGUUUCAGGGAAAAGGGAUACAUUAUGCCGCAGGAUUGAUCUUGGAAAGAAAGAGACCCUUUUGCCGGGAGAGGAAGUCGGUCUGUGCUUUGCAGUCUUGCUGAGUUAGAUAGUUGCAAACGCUCGAAUCUUUAUCUGCUCAAAUAUGGAGGAUUCAGUUUCAAGAAAUCAUAAUGUCAACCACCCGAGAAGACGAUCGUUGAGACUCAAACAUGUACGUGUCAUCUAUGAAGAGAAUGGCGUGGAAAUUAUAGGUUUAUCUGCGUCAAGUGAGAAGCACAAGAAAGAGUGUGAUCCCGCUGUAGGCAAGCAGGUAAAAGUUAUGUUGCUCGAGUCAGAGGACGAUGGCUUUACCUGCAAAUCUAGUGAUCAUGUCGACGCCCUCUCUGAUAGCGCCUCUGAUGAACAGAGUGCCAUCGGCAUAACCUUGAAGGAUUUGCGAAAAAGGUGCAAAGCUAGGAAACGGAAGGCCCCAAAAUGUAAUUUUUCCUCAGAAGUUGACUCUGGAUGCCAUUCGACUUCCGGGGAAUCCAAGAUGCAGAAUCAUGAACAUGUCAAACUGGAACAGGAGGAAUCUGACCUUGAGGAACCCCUUAUCAAACUGAAGCGUUUAAAGGGAUCUGCUCGGGACAAGAAGCGACCAAAGCGUGCACAUUUGUGUUCAGAUGAUUUAGUUUCCAAGAAGGUGGAUACAUUGUCACCCUGUAGGUUCUGUGAUCCUGUGCAAGAUUUGUCACCUGUAGUAAAAGCUAAUGCAUCAACCAAGGGAAGGGUUUCAGAGGAUGAUGCUACAGAGGUCGAUGUGAAAAACACAGCAGUGACACACUAUAUGGAAGUCAGUAAUUCUCUGGUUUCUUCUAAUGCUUCUGUAAAUGGUGAUCUCCUUUCUACUGCCAUUCCUGAAUUUGUUCAUCAUGUUAAAGGUGAGAUUGUAGAUACUUGUUCAUUGGGUUACCAAAUUGAAGAUGAUCAUGCUGUCAAGGGCACCCAAUCAGCCAAUCUGUUUCGGAAAGACACUGAAGAUAGUGAGGCCUCUUCUUUGUCAAUUUCUAAGCUAAAGAAUAACCUUUUCGUUGAUAGUCCUAGAUACAACAUUGUUAAAACUGAGAAGUCUGUAGAUGAUGCUCUGAUGCAUAAGCAUACCUGUGCUUCUGGGAAUUCAACUGCUAGUUUUAUAGCAAAACCUGUCUGUCCUGAAGAGCCAUCUAGUGGGGAGGAUGGUGAGUUUGCUCCUGCUAGUAAAGAUCCAGUAUGUUGUGUUUGUGAGAUUUCCAUUAACUAUAGAGAACCAGAAAAUUAUCCUGGUGUUCCUGAAAUUAGUGAAGAACAAAUUGGUGGAACCAAGGACCUUUCGGCAAUUCCAAAUUGGGAUGUCAUACCAUCAGUUUUGGAAGAAUCAAAACAUGUUAGAGUUCCUCUAAAUGGCUUAAAACAUGUGAGAGUUCCUCUCAGUGGCUUCAGUCCCAACUCCAUCUCUGCCCCUGCAGACAAUUAUCAUGUUAACAAUAGGAGAAAUAAGAAAAGAAGCAUUUUACCUGAAGAGAUUACAGAUAAGAGCACAUCAAAACAGAUAAAUUGUUCAGCUAAAUGCCAUAGUUAUGAACCAAUGGAAGCAAAACUUAUCUGUGCUGUCGAUAUGGUAAAUGAGGAUACUCAAGAUUUAGCUAAUGGUACACCACUACAAGAGAUGCCAGUAUACGGUCAGGCAAACGAUGUGAUUGAUGAGCAUUACCUCUUGUGUAAAGAAGUAUUUGGUUUGGAGGAAAUAUUUUUAUCCGGAAAGGAAGAUCAUAGUUGUGAUGAUCUAAUUCAUGAUGUGAUGGCUGGUAGCGUGCUCUGCUCCCUGCCACUCUCCAAGACAUGCUUCAGUGUGGCCAAAGAGUUGCAACAUGCUGGUGAGGAGACAGAUCCUUUCUGUAAAUUGGAAAAUGCUUCUAAUGGCCAAGCAGAGAAAGCAAUUGAUUUCUCUGGGAAAAUAUCCAAUUUCUCUAAUUCAGAUGGAUCGACAGAACUUGAUCCCCACUCUCGUAAAGCAUCUCCUCUGUGUAUAAUUUCAAGCGAUCGUCUGCAAUGCACAGAUGAUUUACUGAAAGACACAGAAGACUUGUCUUGUGUAGUGGAAGAAAAGCUUGAUGCUACUUCAGAUCAGCCAACUAUAACUGCAAUAUCUCAUUCAGUUGUGAUCAGCAAAGAACAAUCUGAAUGUGAUCAGGAGUUGUUGGCGGAUCAUCCUCCCGAAAAGCUAUUAUCAUAUAGGAAGACCAUGUCUCCAACCUCUCAGGAGAAACUUUGCCAGGCUUUAAGGGACAUUGAUCUACAAGAUGUCAGUCAACCAACUGAAAAAUCUCUAGCUAAAAGGAAGAGGCUUUCAUGCGAGAAAUGGAUAAAGGCAAGGAUAUCCUCCUCACUUCUAGGUCCCAAGGAAGCUAAACAAUGUCUGGGGCCUGAGCAAACAAAUAAAAAGCCAAGGAACCAAUCUAAUGGUCCUCCCCCUCCUGUUAAGAAAGUAAUUGUCAAGUCACCAGAGACUUCUGGCAGGAUGCCAUGUUCUUGCAUGAAGACUUCAUCAAUUCACAUGAAUAUGGAGAAGGCCAUCGAGUUUUCACAGCGGCAGAUGCAUGAUAUAGAAAGACUUGCUAUGCAACUUCUGAAGGGGUUAAAUUCCAUGAAGAACAUCAUGGAAGAAACACUUAGCUCAGAAGCUCCUUCUUGCCUGCUCUCUGAAUUUACUGCUGAGGAGAUGCGGGCAGCUGCUGAGAAUGCUUCAGAACUCGAAAAGACCACAAAGAAGUGGUUGUCUAUUAUGACAAAGGAUUGUAAUCGUUUCUGUAAAAUAAUGAGAUCAGCAGACAACAAAUCAACUGCUUCUGUUAAUGGUGUUCGCAAAGGGAGAAAGAUAACUUUUGCUGAUGAAGUUGGUGGUACGCUCUGCCACGUCGAGACCUUUGAGCGACAGCCUUCUCCUGACAGUACACCUGAACGGGAGCAGUCCGGUUAGAAGCAAUGCUGAAAGGUGGCAUCACAACAUUUACAUUGGUCAUUCCCUGCAUUCACAAGUCAGGUAGGGAAGCAAAAGCCACUCCAUUCCUUCAUUUACAUUGCAGAUCUUUGCAUCCUCUCAAGCAACAGUUACACCUAUGCGAAGGUCUUCAUGGAUCAUGAGAUCCUGGAAUUUCCGUGAAGGGAUGUUUAUAGUUGGCAAAAAAAAAAAAAGUUAGUUUGUGAAAAUAUCUUAUUCUUGAUAUUGAUAUUUAUGGGAAAUUUCAAUUUCAGCCUGCUAAUCUUGGCCCUCAUGCUGUCUUGUGUAUUGUUGUACUUUGACGAAAGGCUUGUAACUAAAGUUUAAAGCAAUGCUUUGCAAAUCGUUUCUGUUU